CCGAGGUAAGUAAAAAGAGGCUGGUAGAAAGAAAGAGACGGGAUUAAAAUUUCAUGCGAAAUUUACCUGUCAUUUGGCGAGCGUUUCAUUUCGUUUUAAUUUGGAGACGUUGGAGGGUCCGAAAGCAAAGAAGGAAGAGAGCCCCUUUCCCCUCCUGCUCCCACUCGCCUCUCCGGGGCUUCUUAGAUCGGUCAUGGAGAUCGCGACGGAAGCCGGGUAUCAUCCCCGCGAUGGCCGAUUUUUAGAGCAGUUCACGCCGUGCUCCACCGCCCACUUGUUCCGGUUCUCCGAUCGGCGAAGGAUCUGAAGGAUGGCGAUUUUGCUUGUUUCUUAGCUGAUUUCUCUCCGAUAGCUCGCCAAUCGACUUUAAAUACCAGAGCCGAUCUCCGGUAGGUCGAAGCAUGUGCGGUGGUCCUAAGCGCAUAAAACCCUCGUCGUCUCCCUCCUCCGAAGAAGCCCGAAGCCCCUACCCAGGCAAACCGAUGAACCACCUAACCGUCGAGACCGACGACUCCUUCUCCACCCUCCUUGAUCUCGCCGCCAACAACGAUGCAGAAGGCUUCCAGCGAUCCCUCGACCGUGACCCCUCAGCUGUUGAUGAAGUCGGCAUGUGGUAUGGCCGCAAGAAGGGCACCAACUUGAUGAUCCUUCUGCACCGAACUCCGCUGAUGGUCGCCGCCACCUAUGGCAGCCUUGAUGUGCUCCGUCUCAUACUUGCCCUCUCGGUUGUUGACGUUAACCGGGGCUGCGGUCCCGACAACGCCACUGUCCUCCACUGCGCUGCCUCCGGUGGCUCGCCGGACGCUGUUGAUGCUGUUAAGAUUCUGCUUGCAGCUGGAGCUGAUCCUAAUGCUGUCGAUGCCAAUGGCCAUCGGCCAGCCGACGUGAUUGUUGUGCCGCCCAUGUUGACUGAUGUGAAAGUUGCUCUUGAACAACUACUUGGUGGUUCUUGCUUUGUUUCGGGUGGGGAGCAGCAACUGCAGUAUAUUGUUCGCUCAUCGACCUCAAACUCCAACUCUCCACCCCUGUCCUCAUCCCCUGAGGAGGAUGGAUCCCCGUCCUCUAACUCAUCCUCCUCUCCUAUGAAUGCCAAGUUUGCUGACCCGCCUCCCGCUGCUGUAGCUGAGAAGAAAGAGUAUCCGAUUGACCCAUCGCUGCCGGACAUUAAGAACAGCGUCUAUGCCACCGACGAGUUCCGUAUGUACUCUUUCAAAGUUCGGCCAUGCUCACGGGCAUACUCGCAUGACUGGACAGAGUGUCCUUUUGUUCAUCCAGGUGAGAAUGCCCGGCGUCGUGAUCCGAGAAAGUAUCACUAUAGCUGUGUCCCCUGCCCUGAAUUCCGGAAGGGAGCAUGCCGGCUGGGGGACUUAUGUGAGUAUGCUCAUGGUGUGUUUGAGUGCUGGCUUCACCCGGCACAGUACCGCACACGUCUCUGUAAGGAUGGGACCAGCUGCAGCCGCCGUGUCUGCUUCUUUGCUCAUACGAAUGAGGAGCUUCGUCCGUUGUAUAUGUCAACCGGGUCGGGUGUGCCAUCACCCCGGUCCACUGCCUCUGCUGCAAUGGAGAUGGCAGCAGCGAUGGGUCUCAUGCCGGGUUCCCCCUCGUCGGUUUCAGCAUUGAUGUCACCGUUCACACCUCCCAUGUCACCGUCGACCACCGGUGUGGCCCACUCCUCACUGUUCUGGCCACAACCCAAUGCGCCUGCUCUGCACCUUGCUGGAAUCAAUCUCCAGUCCAGCAGGCUGCGAUCGUCUCUGAGUGCAAGGGACAUGCCAGUGGAUGAUUUCUCAAUGAUGCCUGAUUUUGAUGCGCAGCAACUGUAUCAUGAUUUGUGCUUCUCUCGCUUUGGCUCUGCAGCUGCGUAUCACUCUGCCCGGUCCAAGGCUCUGACUCCAUCGAACCUUGAUGAACUUUUCUCAGCUGAGAUCUCCUCAUCUCCAAGGUACAAUUCUGAUCAGAGGUCUGUCUUCUCACCAUCACACAAAACUGCUUUCCUCAACCAGUUUCAGCAGCAGCAGCAGGGCAUGCUCUCACCGGACAAUAUUAACAUGUUCUCAUCAAAAGCUGUUGACCACCAGCAGCUGCCUGGGCACUCCUCUCUCUUGCAGGCUUCACUUGGUAUCCCUUCUCCCGGCAGGAUGUCUCCCCAUGGUAUUGAGCCACUCUCACCAAUGAGUGCCCGUUUGGCUGCAUUGGCGCUGCGGGAGAAGCAGCAACAGACACUGCGGUGUCUCAGCUCUCGUGAUCUUGAUUCUGGCACAUUGCCUGUUGUGGGCACCCCUGUGAACUCAUCAUGGUCCAAAUGGGCAUCGCCCUCUGGAACCUUGGACUGGGGAGUGAAUGGUGAGGAGAUAGGUCAGCUCAGGCAGUCCUCAUCUUUCGAGAUGCGGUCUGGAGGUGAGGAACCGGACCUUUCCUGGGUCCAUUCAUUGGUGAAGGAAUCUCCACCAGAAAAAUUAGUUACCGCACCAACGACUUCUGUGGGGCCAUCAGCGCCAGUUCCAUCUGGUGGUGGUAGUGAUGGUGGUGGUGAUGGUGAUGGUGGUGAGGCUUCAAAUGCGAGUCCUCAGAUUGAUGGGCAUGAUCAAGCUGCUGUCCUCAGUGCUUGGUUUGAACAGAUGCAGCUGGAUCAGAUGGUAGCUUAGAAAAUGAGCAAAUUUCUACUAAGCUGCUAGAUGGAGGGCAUUGGUAGUAGUUAAUGAGCCUUGGUAAAUAAUAUUUUUUGGUUAGUUGGGAUUUUUAAGAAGGGAAAGAAGUUGAAGGGUUUAAUAUUCAUAGAUUCAUUUUCUUUAAAGAAGAUUUAUUAUUACUUCAAGAGGGAGUUCAGACAGGUUAAAAGUGGAGGUGGUUUAACUCUAGGUUAUUUCAAGGUCUACCCGGGUGAAUUACUCUCCUAUAGCUAGGAUUUAUUUUACCUUUUCUUUUUUCUAUUUUUUUCUUAAUCUCUCUAAGGCCAGAUUAUAUAUUAUGAAACUUGUCUAGCCUUUUUCCUUUUCUCCUUAAUGUUCCCGCUUUUGUUAAUUAUGAUAUUUAUCUUAAUCUUGGUGAAAGUGAAAUUGUGUAAAGAAGAGAGGGGAGUUCUUUGUGGAGAUCUAUGUUUUUUUGACCAGGUCUAUUGUUGAGAUAUGGUUCUGCUGACAUUUCAUACAUGGUGACUUCGAUUGUUGACAUUGCUGGAGAAUCUGAGGGCAGGAAAAUAUGGUGAUGCUGAUAAGUUCACUUUAUGAUGUAACAUUGAAUCAAACUUGAUUGCUAUUGCUUCAAUUUCAUUAUAUUUUUUUUUAUGUUCUUUCUUUCUGGUU